GGGAAUAAAUCUCGAAGCCCCGCGCUUGGCGUCACAGCUGAAGAAGUCAUAUUCGUAGCGAAGGUGGACCAGACCUUCGUCUCUCCACUCCCUUCACUUCACUUCGUUCAUUAUCCCGGAGCCGAGUUCUCCCCCAGGCCACUGCAAGAAUCUCUUUCUUGUAUCCGGGUAUGCUUUGUUUCGUUUUCUUUGUCUGCUAGAUGAUACUCCUUCCUUCUAUUAUCUGUGAUUUGUGAGAGUUGGUUCGCUGUUUUCACUGGGCGUUUAAGACCCCACCCCCACCGAUCUUCUUUGCGCUCCGCACCGCCUCGCUUGUUCACAGGGAAAAUGCAAGGAGCUCUUCAAUCAUUUUCAUCUUGUGGAAACAUUGUAAAAAAUACAGUUCUGAAACACUUCCGUCUCAUGAAUCCACUGAUGCAACCUGUUGUGUUCUCACGCUUUCAGUCGAUAACUCCUGCUCGAAUGGAAGAGCAUGGUUUUGAGAGCACUACGAUUGCAGAUGUCUUGAAAGCGAAAGGUAAAAGUGCUGAUGGCUCUUGGCUUUGGUGCACUAUGGAUGACACUGUUUACAAUGCUGUUGAGUCGAUGACACAGCACAAUGUUGGAGCCUUGGUGGUAGUGAAACCUGGAGAGCAGAAAUCAAUUGCAGGAAUCAUUACAGAGAGAGAUUAUUUAAGGAAAAUUAUAGUGCAGGGAAGAUCAUCCAAAUCAACCAAGGUUGGGGAUAUUAUGACUGAAGAGAACAAGCUUAUCACAGUAACACCUGAUACAAAAGUUCUGCGCGCAAUGCAACUGAUGACAGAUAACCGAAUCAGGCACAUUCCAGUCAUAGAUAAAAAUGGGAUGAUGGGCAUGGUGUCCAUUGGAGAUGUGGUCCGUGCUGUGGUGAGUGAGCAUCGGGAGGAGCUAGACCGCUUGAAUGCUUAUAUACAAGGAGGAUACUAGAUGACAAAUGACUAUGGUGUUGAUGCACUUACUUGGAAGCAUUGCCCGCUCCAUGAGCAGUAAUAAGCGUUAAUUGCUUGUAAAUAUCUGUUUUAUGGGUCUCUGUGUUUCAGAUGUGGAUGUAUGAAUGGUACGAACUACCUGCAUAAGGUCGAGUGGACGACAAGCUAAUAAUAAGCACUGGAAUUUUUCUUGAAA